AUGUUUUCUAAUCAAGUUUCUGCGAUCUCUCAUUCACAAUCUGAUCAACCCCAUCCAUCACAAACAACUGAUAUUCAAUCAAAAAUACGUUGUGACUACUGUCGAAGGAAAUGGAAGAAGAUUCUUUUGACGAGUCUAGCAACGGUAUUAAUUAUACCCAUAACCGUUAUCGUCGUAACAACUAUGGCAAAGAAAAACUCAGUCGUAUUGGUUACUGCAACAAGACUAACGAAAACAACAACAACCGCGAGGACUACGACGACCACUACAACAGUUUUAGUAAAAGAAUGGACAACGGCAGCAGAACUAAACAUUAAUCGGAAUCGGCAUACUGCAACUGUAUUGCAAAAUGGACAAGUAUUGAUCACCGGUGGACACAGUCACAAAGGAGUUCUUCGCGAAUGUGAACUAUAUGAUUCUUCAAGAGAUCGAUGGAUACUCGUUGCAAACAUGUCUGCCCCAAGGGAAGAUCAUACUGCAUCUUUACUGGCUAAUGGUUUAGUCCUAGUGACUGGUGGUAAAAAUUCUGACGGAGAGGUUUCGCCUGCUGAACUGUACAAUGCAUCAGCGAAUACAUGGACAAACACACAAAGCAUGAUCCAUCAACGGUCUAAACACACAGCCACUGUACUUAAGAGUGGAAAAGUGCUCGUUGCAGGUGGCUCGAAGAAAGGAGAAGCGUAUUUUCAUACAGCUGAACUUUACCAUCCAGAUAUUGGUAUUUGGACAGUGACUCAAAACAUGACCUGCAGCCGUAUGUAUCAUCAAGCAUCGUUGCUGAAAAAUGGAAAAGUCCUAAUCACUGGUGGACUCGGUUUUUGCUCCAUAGGUAUGUCAUCAAAGACGAGUGAGUUGUACGAUCCGACAGCAGAUGCGCGGAUAAGAAUGAACGACAUGAAUACUGAUCGCUACGGUCAUACAGCAACUGUGCUGCACGAUGGAAAAGUGCUGGUAACCGGUGGACGUGGUCUAGCCGUAGGGAUGCGGAACUCUACUGAAUUGUUCAACCCAUUUACGAAUCAAUGGACCACAACACGUAGUAUGAACACCUCACGCUAUGCUCAUUCAGCGACUUUGUUACCAAAUGGAAGAGUCUUAGUCGUUGGCGGAUACUCCGAUCACUCUUUAAACACUGCUGAACUGUACAAUCCAUCAACCGACACUUGGGCGGUCACUGGUAAUAUGAAAAAUCAACGCUCUUAUCAUACAACAUCUUUACUGACUAGUGGAAAUGUCUUGGUUGUUGGCGGAUCUUUCGGUUCUCGUGAUGGAAUCACAGAAAUAUACUAUCUGAAUCGAGCAGGUUUUCCGUUUGUAUUCGGUCUCCGUUUGUUCACGUCAUUUGAUAAAGCAGCUAAGACAGGCGCGGCACCGAUGCCGAGUGCAAGCGAUCGUAGUCGUCAAUCUGAUGGCAGUCAUGGGUUAGUUGCGUUGGUUAUAGCGAUCAGUCGUAGCCCUUCAUUGUUCGAAAUUCUUGGGGGACAGACUGGGGCAAUCGUGGAUACUGUUAUAUACCUUCCCAACGACGAUUUCGGCCAAUCACAUUGGGAUUACAAUGACAAUAGCAAUACAGAUAACCGUACAAUUGAACAGUUCGAUGGAGAUGAUUUUCGAAUAAACUUUUUCGAUAACGCUGCACGUGGUUUUGAUGGCGAUUCGCAGAGUAGAGAUGACCCUUUUCAUUACGGCGACGGCGGAGGAAACAAUCAGCAGUGGGGCGGAGACGAUCGUUCUAAUUACAAUGAUGGUGAAAGAUAUAAUCAACAAUGGAAUGGAAGUGAUCAGUUUACUUAUAAUGAUCGAGGAGAUUAUGGUCAGCAAUGGAAUAGAGAUGAUCAAUCUGAACAUCAUCAUAAACACGGUCACCAUCGUCACCAUCACCAUCACAAACACUAA